GCUCAGGAGGAGGGGACCCACCGUUUGGAGGCCAUUGCACUUAUUUUUGGCACUUAUUUUUUUUUACAAUCUUUUUGUUUGUUUGUCAAAAUGUCUUAUUCUUGCAAUCAGUCCCUGGAUGGCAGCUUUCCUCCAUCCCCAGAGGAGGACAGGAGUCCAAAGCGUCUGUCCUGGGGCAGUCUGCUGCAGAGGCUGACUGAGCUGAAGGGGAUCAAUCAGGGGGUCACAGCAGAUUAUCACAGUGAAAGUGGAUCUGUGGCAGACAUGUUUCUGUCAGAAUCAGACAGCAGCUUCUUCUGUUAUCCCCUGGAGGAGACCCUGGCUACUGAGGUCGCAGCAACAAUAGCACAAAGUCUCAGCGAGGCAUCGCACAUCCUGGACUGCUCCAAACUCCUCUUACCCGACUGUCUGCUGCAUAAUAUCAGCCAAGAGCUGCUGCACCUGGCUGCCAGCGAGCCCUGCGGCCUCAGGGGAGCGCUCAUUGACCUGUGCGUGGACAGGGGGGACCAGGGGGACCAGGGCUCCCUAAGCACUCUGGACCAAAUAGCCGUGGAUGCCACCCUGGUACCGACCUUUCACGUGACUCUGGUGCUGAGGCUCGAGUCCAGUGGACUGUGGCCAAAGGUUCAGAAGCUCUUCAAGGGUAGCAAGUCGCCACAGACCUCUCCAAGGCACCAGAACACUCUGAGGUUGAGUGUGAGCUUUAGGGCCAUUAAGAGGAAACUGUAUAGUUCAGGGGAGCUGCUGAUAGAGGAGUGCUGCUGACACAAUAGACUGACUGAUGGGUCAAGCAUUGUCUUUUUCAAGACAGUAUCUUACAGCACUAACAUGAUGAUCUUGAAUUAGCACGUACCUAUCUGUGUUGGUGUAUUACAAAUGUGUCAAGGUUUCCCUGGAAGCAACUUAUGUGUCUCAUGGCAGCUACCCAUCUGGUUGCAGGCGACUUAACAGUGAAGACUUUUGUUUGAAUGUGGGUCAACUUCUUUCCUGUGAAUGUAAAGUCACACCCUUGAGGGAGUGAGGGAGGGCUUAUGUAUUUGAUAGUCAAAUAUGACCUGAAACGUGUUUUUGUACUUUCAACGACUUAAAGAACAUAAAAAUAAAUUAUUUUUUAUCAA